AUGAAAUCCGUGAUCAACCUCGCAAGGGCAGAGAACCAAGUCGUUCGAAAGGAACUCCUGGCAAUAUACAAGACCAGCAUCCGACGGGAGCUCCGAGUCGACUCUCUCACGUACCCUGACGGUCUCGGUGGAAGCCGAUCCCUUCGAUCAGCGCUGGCCGGGUUCUUCAACCGCUGGCUUUGUCCAAUUGAGCCCAUCAAAGAUGAGCACAUUGCUGUCACUCCGGGAGCGACAAACUGCUUGGCAACCAUUCUGAGCUGUACGUGCAGUCCCGGGGACACUGUCCUCAUCCCCGGCUCUUACUGGAAUGGCUUUGACGUCCACUUUCCUUUGACGCCCAGAGUGGUGAUUGUCAAUCCCGCACCCAAAGAUUCGCCCGCCAAUGACAUGGGCCCCGAGAUUGUCGCCUCGCUAGAGGAGACCAUACGCCAGCUAUCGAGCACGAAGAAACCGCGCGCAAUCGUCGUAACGAACCCUCACAACCCGACUGGACGCGUUUAUGAUCGGACUGUUUUGGAAGACUUGGCGAUUCUAUGCCAAAGACACAGCAUGCUUCUAAUCGUGGAUGAAGUCUAUGCCCUCAGUAGAUGUGCGCCAACCAGAACCAAAGGCACGAGCUUCCGGUCUGCUGUAUCGCUCGACCUGAAUGCCCUAGGGGUGGACGCCAAACGUGUCGUCACGGUUUGGGGGACCAGCAAAGACUUUGGCAGUAGCGGCAUCCGCAUUGGCUGUGCCAUCACUCGAGACCCACGCCUGCAGAAAAAUCUUGGCUUCCGAGCAACGCCCCAGAUUUGCGCUCUCUCCAGCCUUGUCACGACGGGCUUACUGAACCACUCAAGCUUACCACAUCUCAUCCAAAGAAAUCAAGAGUUCCUCGGAAAGGCAUACAGAAUUGUGGACAAAUGGUGCACGUCGCACGAAGUCGAUUUCGUACCGGCCGCGUACGGACUGUUUGUCCUGGCGCGACUUGCGCCUCUCGCCCAGACCGCCGAAGACGAGUGCGCGAUGUGUGAGGCUUUGAGCGAGGUCGGGGUUCUCGUCGCGCCUGGCCAGCAUUUUCACUGGAGAAGUUUUGGGUGGGCACGGAUAUGCUUUGCGGUUGAACCGGACACUCUCCGCGAGGCCCUUCGACGCAUAGCAAGUGCGCUGAAGCUGGCACGGACUCCUGUUUCGCAACGUGCUCGAGGGAAAAAUGGUCACAAAAAGCCAAACGUGUAG